AAAGGAUUGGCCUAAUUAGACAGCGACUAUCUUAGGUCUGCUGCGCUAGAGCAGAAGGGAGAGACCGUUUCAAACUCCCCUGCCUCCAUCUCUGAGAGCUAGAGGGAAUCAGGAUCAGCGGGUCCACCCCACAGCCGUUCAUUGCCUAACCAUGGCGGGUCCUGCGAACACCGGUAUGAGCCCCUGGUACUCCUCUGGAUCUAGUAACGACGCUCCCUUCCCACUCCCAGCCCUUACCGAGGAGAAGCCGCGGAAGAGGAGAGCAUUUUGCCUGCCUCGGAUGAAGUCCAAGAACCGCAACGACAGUGGCAAGCAACAGCAGCAGCUACCGCAGCAACCCGUGGCAAACAACAACAAUGUGCCUUUCAUAAUCCACUGCCAGAUCGGGAAGGAGAUCAAGCACAUAUGCAGCAACUGCCGUGGCGCUGACCCUCAGGACGUUGAGGAGGUGGAGCGAAUAGCGGCGAUGCGAUCUGAUUCGCUGGUCCCUGGCACACACACCCCUCCCAUUCGGAGGCGGAGCAAGUUUGCCACCCUGGGUCGUCUCUUCAAGCCGUGGAAAUGGAGGAAGAAGAAGAGCGAGAAGUUCAAGCAGACAUCUUCUGUCCUGGAGAGGAAGAUGUCGACCCGGCAGAGCAGAGAGGAUCUGAUCAAGAGAGGAGUGAUGAAGGACAUCUAUGACAAAGACGGGGCGGUAGUAAUGAGAGGAGAGGAGGAGAAGAUGGAGAACGGGAGGUCUCCAGCAUUAGGAGGGUCUGAUCCAUCACCAUGUGAUGGAGCUGAGCUGAUGGAUGGAGCAGGGUCAGCCAUAGGUACAGUUGAGUUCCAGAUGUCUGGAGAGGGGGCGUGUCCACAAGACCACACCCAGAAUCCCAGCCAGCCUCCACCCACUAAGAAGGUUAUGGUGUAUCCAGGCGAAGGGGCUGGGGCCGAGUCAUCACAUCACACCAUAAAACCUAAAAAACAACCCCCAGUGCUACCCCCCAAACCGUUCAACAGGCUGCCCAACCACAUCACAGACGGUUUGCCAGGGAAGCUGCCCUGUAUGUCCAUGAAGCUGUCGCCUCCUCUACCUCCUAAGAAGCUGAUGAUCUGUGUGCCUGUGGGUGCGGGGGGGAGCAUGGAGCCCUCGGCCCUCACCUUUCAGAAGUGCCCCCCUCCCUCCCACCACGUGGGGUCCCUGGGGGGCCACUCCCUACACUACGGGACCCUCCCUGUGCCCCUACACCCCCCCAGCCGCAUCAUCGAGGAACUCAACAAGACCCUGGCCCUCACUAUGCAGCGAUACAAGAGCUCGCUGCACCACGCGGAUCCCGCGGUGAUGAUAGCAUGUGACUACAACAAAGAGAACCUCCCCAACGAGGAAGACUAUCAAGAACUACCUGGUUCGUACAGGGAUGAGGAUGAUGAUGAAGAAGAAGAUGAUGAUGAAGAAGAGGAGGAAGAUGAUGAAGAUGAAACACUCUUUACAAGUGCCCUGGCUCUGAAGGUGUUGAGGAAGGACUCCCUGGCCAUUAAGAUCAGUAACCGUCCGUCACAGAGAGAGCUGGAGGAUAAGAACAUACUGCCCACCCAGUCAGACCAGGAGAAACUGGAGUUCAGGCAGCAGAUAGGCACCAAGCUCACACGGAGGUUGAGUCAACGGCCAACUACAGAAGAGCUGGAACAGAGAAACAUACUCAAACGCCACAAUGAGCUGGAGGAGCAGGAGGAGAUGAGGGAGCUCAAGAAACGCCUGUCGAGAAAGUUGAGUCAGAGGCCCACGGUGGAGGAGUUGAGGGAAGCUAAGAUCCUGACCCGCUUCAGUGACUACGUAGAGGUUGCUGACGCUCAGGACUACGACAGGAGGGCAGACAAACCCUGGACGCGACUCACAGCUGCUGAUAAGGCUGCCAUACGUAAAGAACUCAAUGAAUUUAAAAACACAGAGAUGGAAGUGCAUGAGGGUAGUCGCCAUCUCACCAGGUUUCAUCGACCGUAGUUCUUCUUCUGCCAUCUUUUACAAUAACCUCAAGUGCUGGAUCGCAAACUACUGCCUCUGUGUACCACACCCCUUCGCUUCCAGACCAGAACACAACAAGACCAGAACUGGACCAGAACCACACUAGAACAUGUCCUGAAACUGACCCGAAAUGUCAUCUGAACCUGGAGGGGUGUGUGUACAGAACUGGGCAGCUGACACUACUCCAGGCGGCUCCAAUGUUGACCCAAAAUAUGUGCCAAUAUCUAGAGUGGGUAGACUGGACCAAUCACAACAGUAUCUUGGUUCUGUGUUUAUAGAGAGGUCACAGUGUGGCCAUGUUGGGGUUGUGGAGAGGGAGCAUCGUACACAUGGAGAGAGAUUGAUGGACUGACUGACUGGGUUCUCCUCUAAACGGAGAUUAUAUGGACUAAAACGUAUUGUUUUUAACAGCCUUUUAUUAUCCUUUUUAAUUAUGAAGAUAGUUCAUGUGUUUACUUUACUGCACUUUAGUUUUUGACGGUACUCUAUGGAGGGGUUAUGGAAAUCUAUUCCUAUAUCGGUGCCAACAAGACUUUGGGAUUGUGGGAGAUUGAGUCUGGGAGGGUAUCCGUAAGGAAUAAAGAGAGACAUCCAAAACUGA